AAGCAUCUCACAGCCAUCGACUGCCAACAUUUGGCCCAGAGUCAUUUGGCUGUGACCCAGCCCUUCGGCCAGAGAUGGACAAACAUAGAUCCGAACCAUGGUCUCUAUCCUAGACCCAGGACAAAGAGAGGGAGAAGGGGUCAAGGAUGUCAAAGAUACAACCCUGAGCUCUUCCUAGCUGGCCAGCAGCAGGGCACAAAUGACAUGGCCAAAAGUAAUUCUGCUGUCCAGGACGGCUGUCAGGACUGUGAGGGUGACAUGAUCUUCCCAGCAGAGAACAGCUGCGCCCUGCCCCAGGAAGAUGAUGGGGAGGCAAGUUUGGGCUCGGCAGGGUCAGCUCUGCCCACCAGGAAGCGGUCUCGGUCCUUUGAGGAAGAGAGUAAUCAGGCUACAGGGACCAGCCUAUGGGCUGGAGUUUCUAAGAGAACCCCACGGCAUCAUCUGUCCCUGUCAUACACAAGGCCUAGGGAGGCCAGGCAAGAAGUGGAGGACUGUGUGCCAUGGCUCUCUGCAGAAUCUGGAGAACCUGCCCGAGAAGUUGAGGACAUUGGUCCUGAUCCCAUUCCUGACACGUACUAUGGGCUUCUUGGGACCUUGCCCUGCCAGGAAGCGCCGAGCCACAUCUGUAGCCUGCCCACUGAGGUCCUAAGGCAUGUCUUUGCCUUCCUCCCCGUGGAGGACCUCUACUGGAACCUGAGCCUGGUGUGCCACCUGUGGAGGGAGAUAAUCAGUGACCCGCUGUUCAUUCCUUGGAAAAAACUCUAUCACCGAUACCUAAUGAAUGAAGAGCAAGCUGUCAGCAAGGUGGACGGCAUCCUGUUGACCUGCGGCAUCGAAAAGGAGUCAGAUCUGUGUGUGCUGAACCUCAUACGAUAUACAGCUACCACUAAAUGCUCCCCCAGUGUAGACCCCGAGAGAGUGCUGUGGAGCCUGAGGGACCACCCCCUCCUUCCUGAGGCAGAGGCAUGCUUGCGUCAGCACUUGCCUGACCUCUGCGGAGCUGCUGGGGUAUGUCAGGAGGCUGGGGCAGGUCCCUGGGAAGGCAGCAUCUUCUUUCACUGGAAGGAAGAAUAUCGGUAUUUCUUCCUGUUUUUCCUGGGAGAUAAUAUGACCAAACUGAAAUGUAUUGUUGAAGAUAUAGACUGUGACUUGAAUUUGAAACUCUCUACUUCUUUUCCUAUUAGGAUUCACUACAACAUUUUCUAUUGCCUAUAUCUUCAGGAGAACUCCUGUACUCAGGCCACAAAGGUGAAAGAGGAGCCUUCUGUCUGGCCAGGCAAGAAAACCAUCCAACUUACACAUGAGCAGCAGCUGAUUCUGAACCAUAAGAUGGAGCCUCUCCAGGUGGUGAAAAUUAUGGCAUUUGCAGGCACUGGGAAGACCUCCACCCUGGUCAAGUACGCUGAGAAGUGGUCUGAGAGCAGGUUCCUGUAUGUGACAUUCAACAAGAGCAUCGCAAAGCAGGCCGAGCUUGUCUUCCCCAGCAACGUCACCUGCAAAACCUUCCACUCCAUGGCCUAUGGGCAUGUCGGGCGCAAGUACCAGUUGAAGAAGAAGUUGAAUCUCUUCAAGUUAACACCCUUCAUGGUCAAUUCUGUCCUUGCUGAAGGGAAAGCUGGAUUCAUCAGGGCCAAGCUAGUGUGUAAGACUUUAGAAAACUUCUUUGCCUCAGCUGAUGAAGAGCUCACUAUCGAUCAUGUGCCCAUUUGGUGUAAGAACAGCCAAGGACAGAGAGUCAUGGUUGAACAGAGUGAGAAACUGAAUGGUGUCCUGGAAGCAAGCCGGCUCUGGGACAACAUGCGGAAACUGCGGGAGUGCACCGAAGAGGCCUACCAGAUGACUCAUGAUGGCUAUUUGAAGCUGUGGCAGCUGAGCAAGCCCUUGCUUGCCUCUUUUGAUGCCAUCUUUGUGGAUGAGGCCCAGGACUGUACCCCAGCCAUCAUGAAUAUAGUUCUGUCUCAGCCAUGUGGGAAAAUCUUUGUAGGGGACCCACACCAGCAGAUCUAUACCUUCCGUGGUGCAGUCAACGCUCUGUUCACGGUCCCCCACACGCACGUCUUCUAUCUCACACAGAGUUUUAGAUUUGGUGUGGAAAUAGCUUACGUGGGAGCUACUAUCCUGGAUGUCUGCAAGAGAGUCAGGAAAAAGACUUUGGUCGGAGGAAACCAUCAAAGUGGCAUUCGAGGGGAUGCCAAGGGGCAGGUGGCCCUGUUGUCCCGGACCAACGCCAAUGUGUUUGACGAGGCUGUACGGGUGACAGAAGGAGAGGUUCCUUCGAGGGUGCAUUUGAUUGGGGGGAUUAAAUCAUUUGGAUUGGACAGAAUCAUUGAUAUUUGGAUCCUUCUUCAGCCAGAGGAAGAACGGAGGAAACAAAACCUCAUCAUUAAAGACAAGUUUAUCAGAAGAUGGGUGCACAAAGAAGGCUUUAGUGGCUUUAAGAGGUACGUGACUGCUGCUGAGGACAAAGAGCUGGAAGCCAAGAUUGCAGUAGUCGAAAAGUAUAAUGUCAGGAUUCCAGAGCUGGUGCAGAGGAUACAGAGAUGCCACGUAGAAGAUCUGGACUUCGCAGAGUACAUACUGGGCACUGUGCACAAAGCCAAAGGCUUGGAGUUUGACACUGUGCAUGUUUUGGAUGAUUUUGUGAAAGUGCCUUGUGCCAGGCAUAAUCUUCCCCAGCUUCCCCACUUCAGAGUUGGUAAGGAGACUGGUUGCUCCUAGGACAUUCUUAUUUUAGCAGUUGAGAGGGUUAAACGUAAACUAAUUAUUUCUAAAGAAAAAAAAAAUAUUUUAGGCUUUGCAGGUCAUUAUUUCCUGCAAGCAGAGCUGACCAGCGACGUUCUAAAGACGGGUGUGGCGUGCUGCUGCGUGGGUCCGUGUAGCAACGCCAUCCCUGCAGACACCGUCCUCACCAUGAGGAAGCUGCCCAUCACCUAUAGCAACAGGAAGGAGAACAAGGGUGGCUACCUCUGCCACUCGUGUGCAGAGCAGCGCAUCGGGCCCUUGGCGUUCCUGACCGCCUCCCCGGAGCAGGUGCGCGCCAUGGAGCGCACCGUGGAGAACAUCGUGCUGCCCAGACACGAAGCCCUGCUCUUCCUGGUCUUCUGAGGUUGAGCGGCACUCUGCACGGCCCAGGGCAGCUGCUGCGGACUCCAACUGGGGAAGCUGGCACGCGGUGGGCUCCCGUUCACAGGGCCCCGAGCCCAUGCACAGAGCCUUCUCUGAAGAAGAAACCGGCCAGAGUUGGACCUGCCAUCCCUCUGUCCCCACACACGGCCACUUUCCACUUCCUGUCCUCCCUGUGCGAGGUCAGGGAAGUGGGGAUGUUCUUUUGAUAAAAAAUCAUUUUAUGUAUUUGAACUUUUAUUACAAGAUUUCAAUUAAACAGGCAUUGCAGAACUGGCC